UCCCUUCCCACGCCCCAGUGCGCUGUGGGAUAGUGCCUCUAUAAAGUAUACCCUCUCUCGGAGCACGAUAAGAAGCCCGAGACAGGAGGGGGAUGAAGAUGGCGGACGCCAAGCAGAAAAGGAAUGAACAGUUAAAGCGAUGGCUGGGCUCGGAGACGGACCAGGAGCCUGCAGUUCUGAAAAAGAAGAAGACGAAGGUGAAGUUCGAUGAUGGCGCCGUGUUUCUGGCCGCCUGCUCAAGCGGUGAUACCGAGGAGGUGCUCCGUCUGCUUGACCGGGGCGCUGACAUCAACUACGCCAAUGUAGACGGUCUUACUGCGCUCCACCAGGCUUGCAUAGAUGACAACAUUGACAUGGUGACAUUCCUGGUGGAACACGGAGCCAGCGUCAACCAACCUGACAAUGAGGGAUGGAUCCCCCUCCAUGCUGCAGCUUCUUGUGGAUACCUAGACAUAGCAGAGUAUCUGAUCAGCCAAGGCGCUAAUGUUGGAGUUGUGAACAGUGAGGGGGAGACGCCUCUGGACAUCGCUGAGGAGGAACCAAUGGAGGAACUUCUACAAAAUGAGAUUAACCGACAAGGGUUGGACAUAGAGGCUGCCCGAAAAGAGGAGGAGCGCAUCAUGCUGAGAGAUGCUAGGCAAUGGCUGAACAGCGGUCAAAUUCAAGACACCCGGCACGCAAAGUCGGGAGGAACGGCACUCCAUGUAGCCGCUGCCAAAGGAUACGUGGAGGUUUUAAAGCUUUUAAUCCAAGCAGGUUAUGACAUAAAUAUUAAGGACUAUGAUGGCUGGACACCUCUUCAUGCAGCGGCGCACUGGGGCAAAGAGGAGGCGUGUAGAAUACUCGUGGAGAAUUUGUGCAACAUGGAACUUGUUAAUAAAAUGGGCCAGACUGCUUUUGAUGUAGCUGAUGAAGAUGUUCUGGGAUAUUUAGAAGAGCUACAAAAGAAACAAAACCUGCUGAUGAGGGAGAAGAAGGAUGCUAAAAAGUCUCCUUUGAUUGAGGUGACAACCACAGGGGACAACAACCAAUCACUGAAUCCACUCAAAAGCAAAGAAACGCUGCUUCUGGAGCCGGAAAAGACUGCGCCACGCAUCGAGACCUUAGAACCGGAGAAGGUGGACGAAGAGGAAGAGGGGAAGAAGGACGAAUCAAGCUGCUCGAGUGAGGAGGAGGACGAGGAAGAUUCAGAGUCUGAAACUGAAGCAGACAAGAGCAAAACCCCAGCGGUGGUGACCAGCAGCACAACGACGACACCGACCCCGGCCACCGUCAGCACGUCGUCUCCAACGAGUCCAACAAAUCAGGUGACGACGCCCACUUCACCAGUUAAGAAGUUUGAUUACAUUACACCUCUCAUGCCUUUGGCGGAGCCAGGCUGUCCUGCAUUGUGGCGUCAAGGUUUGCGCAAAACUGGCAUUUCUCUUGUGCCCAAAAAACCCAUGGUCGUUCAGCCUGCCGGAAAGGCCUCAACCAAAGUGGAGGAAGACAGGAAGGACGAGUCUCCGGCUUCGUGGCGUCUGGGUUUGAGGAAGACGGGCAGCUACGGCGCGCUCUCCGAGAUCACAGCCACAAAGGAAGCCCAGAGGGAAAAGGACACUACAGGCGUGAUGCGAUCGGCCUCCAGCCCUCGCCUCACCUCAUCCCUGGACAACAAAGAAAAGGAAAAGGAGAAAGACAAAGGAACCCGACUUGCGUACGUGGCCCCAACCAUCCCCAGGAGACUUGCCAGUACUUCAGACAUCGAUGAGAAGGAAAACAGGGACUCUACAGCUCUGAUACGUAGCGGCUCAUACACCCGGCGACGCUGGGACGACGACCUGAAGAACAGCGAAGGAAGCUCUUCCACCAACCGGACCUCCAGCUACCAGCGCAGCACGUCCCAUACGCUAGCGCUGGGGCGGAGCGGCAGCACGCGGGACGUGCCAGCCAAGUCUUCGUCAACCUCCAGCUUGGAUCCUAACACCUGUAAUACUAAACCCUGGCAGCCACCGUCCUCCCACUACCCGUCCUACAGCAUUUACCGCAGUGGCUCUUUCGGCAGAAGACACGAGGACCUGAGCUCCUCUACCACCUCCUCCACAACCACCACCACCUCCUCGUCUGUUACCUCGCCCACUGGCCACCGCGGCCUCCUCUCCAGCCUGGGGUCCUCUUCCACCCGAACUGGUUCCACCAGUCUCACCAGCAGGUACUGGUCAGAGGAGAGUGCAGAGAGGGAAAAGGAGAAGGAAAAGGACUCAGCUGCUGUUAUCCCCACUAUAAACACUGGCUCUACCACAACCACCACGUCAACCACUACCACCACCGCCAUAUCCACCACUACCGCCCUCACUGGCAUCGGCACCGGCCCAGAACGACGCAGGUCGUACCUGACACCGGUGCGAGACGAGGAGUCGGAGUCUCAGAGGAAAGCUCGAUCCAGACAGGCCCGGCAGUCGAGGCGCUCCACCCAGGGUGUGACUCUUACUGACCUACAAGAGGCUGAAAAAACAAUUGGCAGGAGUCGUCCCCAAAAGACCCGCGAAGAGGAGAAGGAGGAGAAAGAGAAGCAAGAUAAGGAGAAACAGGAGGACAAGAAGGAGACUGAGACCAAGGAGGAUGAUUACCGAUCAAAGUACCGGAGCUUUGAAGAGCGUUAUCGACCUUCGUCUUCGUCCUCUUCCGUUUCCACCGUCAGCACUGCCUCCACUGCUCCCUACUCCAGCUCUUCUUUGUCCUCUGGGUCCAGCGCCCUCAACAGGCCCAACAGUCUGACGGGGAUCACCUCAUCUUACAGCAGGUCCUCUCGAGACACAGAAAAAGAAUCAGACAGAAAGGAUGAAGAGAAGGAAGGGGAGGACAAGUCUCAGCCCCGCUCCAUACGGGAUCGCAGGCGGCCCCGGGAGAAGAGACGCUCCACUGGGGUGUCCUUCUGGACUCAAGAUGGUGGAGAUGAUGACCCCGAGCAGCAGUCGGACUCUGAGGAGGGCAGCACCAGGGGAGAACCACAGAGUGACAGAUUGUCCAGAAAUGAGAGCACUUCGUAUUUAGAUCGCAACGAUGCUCUUUUUAGCCGUAGUUAUGGUGAAAGUCGAAGGCCGUACUCCAGCCGACUGGAUAGAGACGACACCACCGACUACAAAAAGCUCUAUGAGCAGAUCUUAGCUGAGAACGAGAAGCUAAAGGCCCAGUUACGCGACACUGACCUGGAGCUGGCAGACUUGAAGUUACAGUUAGAGAAAGCUACACAGAGGCAGGAACGCUACGCUGACCGAUCCCAGCUUGAGAGGGAGAAAAGGGAAAGAAGAGCUCUAGAAAGGAAGAUUUCUGAGAUGGAGGAGGAACUCAAGAUGCUCCCAGACUUGAAAGCAGACAACCAGAGACUAAAGGACGAGAAUGGAGCGCUCAUUCGAGUCAUUAGCAAGCUUUCCAAGUAGAAACCGACCCUCCUGCCCCGCCCCGCCCCGCCCGGUCUUCUGCACCCACUAGUCCCCCAUGGCAGUGACUAAUGGAAUUGCACAUUUAGAUAUUAAUUGCAACAGACAUCAGAGACGAGACUCCUCCUUUUGUUUCUGUUCCUCCCAGCUCUCCCUUUUUGCUCCUUCACUACCACCACCACUGCAGCGUCCAUCCAUCCGUUCAUCCAUCCAUCCGUUCAUCCAUCCUUUUCGGCUGUGGUUCUCUUGAUUGGUGUGGCGGCUGCUCUGACAGAAGUGCUGAGUUUACAGAGCAAAAAGGAAGGAAGGAAGGAGGGGUUGUGUGAGAGCGAUGUGGGCAGGGAAGCCUAAAAACUAUUUAACCAAUAAGCCUUAGUUGUACAUAAAAAGAAAAAAAACACUUCCAUUGAUCUCCUCUCUCAACUAUCACUGAAGAACAGAUAUUAUCCUUCACCUGAUUUUUACUUGUGCCACAUUCUUUUUUUUUUUGCUUCCUUUUCCUCUAAACGUGUUGUGUGCUGUGCAGUUCCCACCUUCACUCCUCCAUCUUUUUUUUUUUAAGAGCUACUUCUGCCUGAAAACUGCUCCCUGUGGCUUCUCUCCCCUGAUUUAUCCUGAUUAUUAGUUUUCCUCCCCUCUCUUAAGCGCAGACCUCCCCCCGUCCUCGUCCCUCUGUGCGUCUUCCUCCAAGAGGGAAACAUUCGAAUUCUCGCAGAUCUGGUGGAGUUUAAGCUUUCACUGUACGUGCAAUAUGCAUUUCUUUCAUUUUGUUUUCUUCUUAAAAAUGCUUUAAGUCCAUCACGAGUAGGAUUUUCACUCCUGACGCUUCAAUCUUUUUUGCUUCUUUUUUUUUCUUUUAAGUUUGUAGUCGGUUUAUACUCUGUAUUUCUCACUUUGUUUUAGCAGGUACUGAGUGAUUCUGUAUAUACCUGUAUGUAUUUUGUUUGAGAGCAGCACAUGGCAUGCGUUUAUGGAUCCCGUCUGUUACUAUUAAAAGUAUACAAAUUCCA